AUGGACGUGUGUACAGCGAGCGCCGAUAAUGAACUCAGCAAUGACUGCGAUAUUGAAGCAAAACAUAAGAAUAAUGCAGUAAACUAUCUUACAGUAAACGAAAAGGGCAAAUUUAAAUGGAUUGGUUCCUUCGAAGAACUUAAAAUAUUAAUGAACGAGCUCACAGAGAAGGAUUUAAAAUGGACAUUGCCGGGUGGCCAUUGUAAAUUGUUAGAAUUAGACGAAGCCGAAAUCAGAUGGUAUUCGAACAAUAAAUCACUCACUAUUAGCGGAAAAGCAAGCGACGAUAUUAAGUCUCAACUACGGAUUGUUGCUGACUUAUCUCGGGCUGAUACUGAAGCAACCGAUGAAGGAAACGACAACGGUAAAGACGCCGUGAUCGAUAAUACUAAUGGCGAAGCACCAGAGGGAGAAAACAACAAUGUUAAAGACGACGUGGUCGAUAGCAAUAUGACAAAAGACAGAUUCCGAGAAACAUUGAAUUCUACCGUGCGAGAGCUUGAAGUGAGACUAGAGCGUAAAAUCAACGAGCUUGCUAGCGAAAUAAACGAGACAAGAAUAGAUUUGUACAACGAAAAAAUGAUCAGAGGCGAAAACGAAGUUCGGAACAAAUCUAUAAACAAUGAACAAUCAUCGAAUUUGAAAGGAUUUCUCGCAAAACAGAACGAUAGUCUAAAGAAAGAAAAUGACCAACUUAAAGAACAAAUUAAUAACUAUAAGUGUAUCACUUCUGAUCUCAACCAAAAAGUGAAAGCCUAAGAUAACGAAAGAAGCAGCUUAAUCACGGUUAUUAAAAUUUUACAAAGCGAGCAAGAACAACACAAAACUGAGGCAUUGUCAUCGUGGAAUGUUGUAAACAGACACAAGAAAAGCACUAAAAGCCGAAACGCCUUAGAACAAAAUCCCAGUGGAAAACAUCAACGACAGGAUUUGCAAUUACAAAAUCAAUUCAUUGAUUUGAGUGAUUGCGAAAGCGACGGCAACGAAAGCAACACAGAUAUAUCAGCCAAACAUGGAGACAAGCCAAGGCAAAGCGCAGACAAACCAAACCAACGCCGAAGCGGGCAAAAUAGUCGAAAGAUCGAAAGACGCCAGCAAUCCAAAGGAAACAUACAAGAUCGUCAACCAAAUUUGGACGAACGGAAAGAUAAAAGCGAACCCAAAGCGACAAAACAAAGGCAACCUAACAUUGUAAUCUUAGGGGAUUCAACGUUAAAACAUUUGCUCAUUUAA